CUUUCUUCAACAUAUACACUCUUUUUCUUUAUUCUCUCUAGUAAAUCUUACACACUCUUUUUUCUCCUUGACUAUUGCUGUCAUAUUAAUAUUUAAAUGUCCAAUAUUGUUUAUGCUAUUCAUAAUUUCGAGGCAGAAAAUGAGGAUGAAAUCAACUUUUCUGUUGGUGAACCCAUUACUGUCCUAGAAAAAGACGAAAAAUACCUUGAUGGUUGGUGGCAGGGAAUCAAUGUGCAUGGAGAGACAGGCCUCUUUCCAAUGAAUUACACCUCGGCGCAGAAGCCUCAGCAAGCUCAAGCUCAAGCUCAAGAGCAAGAACAGCCUGAACCAGAGCAACAAAUGCUUCACCCUCAUCAACAGCCAUCCUAUAUGCCCAGCCCACACUUGUCUUUAAGAUCAUCUGGAUCGACUAUAGAGGAAGAAAUUGAUCAGGCUUUAUCUCAACUACAAGUAUCACCCAAUCCUGGCAACAUUCAGUCAAUCAAAAUUGAACUUUGGGAUGUCGAGCAAGUAGCAACCUGGCUCCGGUCUGUUGGAUUAGAUUCAGUAGCAGAGAACUUUAUUGAUCAAGAGAUUACUGGUGACAUCCUGUUGGAUCUCAAUAUUGAUACCUUGAAAGAGUUAGGCAUCACUACUUUUGGAAAAAGAUACAAGAUUAUGCAGGCCAUUACCUCUCUGAAAGAAGAAGGAUCAUCUGUUGAGAUGAAACCCACUCCCAAUGCAUCUGUUUCUACCAGUGCUAUCUCCCGACCUGCUAGUAGAAAAUCAAUUCCAACAAGCUUGAAGAGAUCAAACUCGCAGUCAGGUUCUUCUUUGGACACUUCAGAUGCACUUUAUCAACAUCCUCGAAAGGCACCUUUACCACCAGGUUUAGACAAUGCUGACAAUGUGUCUAUGUACAGUCAACAUUUGUCGCCACAGUCUCGACCUCAAAAUGAUAUCUUGAGACCUAUUUCCCCUCAAAGUUUGUCUUCAUCAAGCGUUAGUCGAUCCAACACUUUCAACACUGUUUCUUCCGGCGGUACCUUUAGAAGCAGAGAGCUUAGUCCUGAUCCUAAAGGAUUCAAGAGCCCUCGUCGAGUCUUGUCUCAAAAGAGUCAACAAAGUGUUGAGAAAGAAAACAACAAUGAUUGGAUGAUGAAUAAUCCUCCUAUGAUGCCAUCAAAUACACCAACGCCUUCUACUUCAACUUCAACUUCAAAGCAGCCAAUGCAAAUUUCAACUGCUCACAAAUUAUCUGUAUCACCUUUUGAGGAGCAAACACCUAGAACUUCUACUACAGAAGCUUUUCAAGCACCUGAACACGAAGGCUGGUUGCAUAAGCAAAGCGAUAAGUACAAGACCUGGAACAAGCGUUGGUUUGUACUCAAGGGUACUAACUUGUUCUACUUUAAAAGCCCCAAGGACGUAAGAAUGAAAGGUAUUAUCAAUUUACGUGGCUACAAAAUCAUUGUGGAUGAAACAAUUCAUGCGGGAAAGUAUUGCUUUAAAGCACAACAUGAACGUGAAAGAACGUUUUAUUUUUACACCGACAGUGAGGAAUCCAUGCGUACAUGGCUUAAAAUGCUCAUGAAAACCACCAUUGCACGAGACUUUAGAGCACCUGUUAUGUCAUCCAAUCAAAUUUCUACUGUCCCACUCGAUGUAGCACGUCGUAUGCGCCCUCGUCCUCCUUCUGUCAUCAUGUACAAGAGUCAAAAACAGAUGAAAGUCAAUAAUGAUCCAAAGAUGGGUAUGCUGCCAGAAGUAGAAGAAGUAACCCAAACCCCACCUGAACUUUCUAUGGAGGAUCGUUCCAUGAGUACACCUGUACCUUCUCGUGCUCAGAUGUCCUAUAAACAAACUCAGGAAUCAGCCAUUCAUCCUGCUACUACUAUUCCGGAGGCAGCACCCGAACUUCCCCAAUACUAUCCAAACUUUGAUCCACCUGAGGCCAUAUUGAACGAAGAAGAAGAUCUUAUUGAUCCUCAGCAUCACAGCUUGCCUCUUGAUAGCUCUCUUAGUAUUACUUCCAGUAUUUCAAACAACAGUGAUGAUGAAUGGUCAACUGCACAAUACCUUGAUUGGGUCAAUUCUUAUCUUCCUGCUGGAAAGAAGGCUGUUGAUUUGUCAAGCGCUUUCCGCAAUGGCGAUACACUGAUUCAACUUUUAGAAGCUAUUAGUGGAAAAGAAGUACGCCGUCCUCCUGUUCAAAAGGGUGGAUCUAUGAGUGCCAUGAUGCUUGACAAUAUUGUUGCAGCAUUCAAGUUUAUGGGCCGUGAAGGUGUUGAAGUAGAUGGUCGUUAUACACUCAAGGAUGUCUUUAGCGGCAAUGAAGCCAAGAUUAUUAUCAUGUUGCAAGCCAUCAAAGUAUGGGCAGAUCAAAACUACCCAACGAAUACCUCUUCAACUGAACACUAUCAAGAUGAUAUCACUAUGUUACCCAGCAAAAAAGCAAGUACUUCCGUCUUGAUUGAUGAAAACAGCGGAUGGAGAGGAUCCGCCAUGAUGGACCAACGUCAAGACUAUUCUCAAGAGUAUUAGACUCUCUUUGUCACUCUUUUUCUUUCUCAUAUAUACUUAUCUACCUUUAUCUUACUAUUCUUACAAUAACAAUUUUGUACAUGUCUAUUGUCUUGUCAAAAGAACAAUUUUGAUUUCUGCUUUCCUUAAAAAACCAUUCUUGUUCUUUUUCUUUUCCACUCUUUCAAAAAAGAAAAAAAAUGACCCUUUCCUUCCCAUUCAUUCACUUUUUUAUAUUUUACAAAAGUCAAUACUUCCUUAUUACUCCCCACAUAUAUUUUAGAUACAAAUUUGUUAUGAAUAAAAUAAAAUCAAACAG